AUGGCCAAUUCUGUAAAUAUAUCUAUUGAAGCGCCUAUUGAAAAUCAAAUACAAGAAAUAACAUACGAUGGACAAGAAAUAUACCAAGCACCACUGUCUAUGUCAGAAAAUCUGUCCAGAUUGGCACAAAAAAUAGACUUUUCAAAGACUGAAGAUGAAUUCUGCAACAUUAAAAAAGAAGGAGAGAGCAGUAUUGAAGCCAAAUCUGAGGAUGAGAAUAAAGAGCCGGGAUAUCAGUCUAGUUUGUGGCCUUGGGAUUCUGUGAGGAAUAAACUACGAAAUGCACUCACUGAAGUAGGUGUGUUGGCUGAUGUUCUAAGUAUAGCUAAAGAGAAGAGAUACAUGGUGUUAGAUCCAAUCCAAGCAGAGCAAGUGGACAACCGGCCAAUGGUGCAAGUGUAUGGACGCAAGAAGGCCUUGGGUGCUGCUGGAGCAGUUUUGCUAGCUGGUGUUGAAAGACUGCGUGCCAGUGAGACUAUGAGAAUGACACGGAAUAUGCCAGACUUCCACAUUGACUUGUUACGGCUUAGACAGAACUGGAGAUUAAAGAAAGUUUCCAACACUAUUGUUGGGGACUUGAGUUACAGAACUGCUGGUUCUAAAUUCAGUCAGACAGGCGUUUUUGAGGUAACCAAGGCUCCAGAAGAGCAAAUAGCGCAAGCUAUGAGUAUGAAUUCAUCUGGACCAGCACCCUCAGCAUUAAGAGUCACUGUUCCUCCAGAGUUGCAAGGGGUCGCAUUCAUUUCUGUUCUCUGCCAGAAAGAGCAAGAAGAUGUUGUGACUGCUACCUUAAGCUCCUCAGCACUCAACUGUCCGGGAACAUUACCUGGUGAUGGGGCGGAGUUGCACUGGCAACAGAAGUUGGAAGCAGCGCAGAAUGUAUUAUUCUGUAAGGAGCUCUUUGCUCGCCUUGCAGCCGAGGCUGUCCAGUUAGACGCGUCCAUACCGCAUAUGGUAGUGGGAAAUCAGAUUAUGGCGACUGUUCUACCCGGCAUUCAGCUGUUAAUUGGACUCUGCCAUAACAAUGGUCAAAACAAUAAUAAUACAGAAGUAAUUAAAAGUGAAGCGUCCACCGGUAAAUCGGAGCAUGACCACGUAUUGGAGCAUUCGCUGCAUCAGCUGCUACGGGCAGUCCACCACAACAACACUCACCACCCGUUCCCUCAUCCAGCAACAGGUCCCCUUGGUCCCUCAAAACGCCGUUCACUGGCUGGGCCCAUGGCAGCAGACCGCUAUGAAUUAUUGGAAAUGAGCAAAGAGCAGUCCCUUUUAGAACAAAUCAUUCAACAAGCGCAACACUUCUUCAUGCGCAGACGUAGCGAAUAUGUCCUGGACACCAUAGCAAAAGAGGUGAAGGACCCGUUGAUUGUGUCACAUUGGAACGCUCUGAACAGCCCAACACAGUCUUGUGUCAAGAUAAACAUUGUAGCAUAUGGGUACGACGCAGUCUGCCGCACCUCGCUGGUGGUGCACGUUGGAGAGAAGACCCUCAAGUGCAUCUGCCGAGAUGGCAAAGUGCGCCAUCUCUCGUACGAGCUGCAGGAGCUAAGAGAUCUCAUCUAUUGCCAGACCUAUCAGCACCAGAUGACGGCGGUACAGGCGGUGGGCCGCUGUAUGGGCUGGCAGCUACUUGCCAGCAGCGCUCACCUUGGAUCAGGGCCAGUGGAACCUCUCGGCAACGCUUCCUCUUGCCUCUUGGCUUCCCCCAAUGGUGACAGGAUGAUAGCAAUUAGAUGUGAACCAUCUGUAGGUAUCCAAGUGUUCAUAGCUCAAUCUCCAAGAAAGGACUUCUUUGCCAGUGAAUUGGUGCAGGAUAAGAAAUGGGAAAAUCUUGGUGGUGCAUUCAAAGAAAUUAAAUUAGACAAAAUGGAAGGCAAAAACUUUUUGAAUAAGAUGGAACUGUUGAUGGCGUGCCUAAGUAGCCCAUCA